CUAUUCCUCCUCUUCGUCUCUCUCUCCACCCAACCAGCAUUCAGCUCCACCGCCGCAAAUGUCGAUCGCGGUGGCGCCGGAGGUCGCAGCCGCCCUCGCGCGCGGCGGCGCUGUAGUCGCCCUCGAGUCCACCAUCAUCUGCCACGGUAUGCCGUACCCCAAGAAUCUCCAGACCGCCUUCGAGGUGGAGGCCGUCGUCAGGGACGCCGGUGCUAUCCCUGCCACCAUAGCCAUCCUAGAUGGAGUCCCACAUGUUGGCCUUAGCAGUGAGCAAUUAAAGAGGCUGGCCAUUAGUGGAAGACAAUUUCAGAAGACAGCUAGAAGGGAUAUUGCGCAUGUGGUUGCAUCUGGUGGCAAUGGUGCAACGACAGUUUCUGCCACUAUGUUCUUUGCUCACAAGGUUGGCAUACCAAUUUUUGUAACUGGGGGAAUAGGAGGCGUGCAUAGACAUGGCGAACAAACUAUGGACAUCUCCUCAGACUUGACUGAACUUGGAAAGACUCCUGUGGCUGUUAUAUCAGCGGGCGUGAAGUCCAUUUUAGACAUACCUAGGACACUUGAAUACCUGGAAACUCAAGGAGUCACUGUUGCUGCUUACAGAACCAAUGAAUUUCCUGCUUUCUUCACGGAGAUUAGUGGAUGCCAGGUGCCAUGUCGUGUUGAUUCUCCAGAAGAGUGCGCCAAAAUAAUACAUGCAAACAGUAACCUACAUCUAGGUUCUGGGAUCCUUAUUGCAGUGCCGGUUCCCACGCAGCAUGCAGCUUCAGGGAACAUUAUAGAAUCUGCAAUACAGAAAGCUCUAAAGGAGGCAGAAGAAAAAAGGAUAACAGGAAAUGCGAUCACUCCCUUCAUGCUUGAAAGAGUAAAAGAACUAACUGGAGGAUCUUCCUUGGAAGCCAAUAUCGCACUUGUUAAGAACAAUGCUCGUCUUGGUGCGGAAGUUGCUGUUGCCCUUUCUAAUCUUCAGCAGAGAGAAAGAAACAAAAUUGGGAGAUCUUCACUGUAGAGGUGCCCUUGCGGAUAGAGGCCCUGCCGCCACUCGGUUGUGUAUACGCCGAGCAUUUACCAGAAUGGGACAUGCCUACCCGGUGGUUCAAAACUGGAUGAUGUUUCUGAUCACAGGCUUAGCUGCUGCUUCUUGGAAGUGUACUGAUCGCGGAGAAAUUUUAUAGGCUUUCUUGUGUUGGUUGCGAGAUCUUGUACUAGUGUAAUAAGAUGAAGAGCUGAGACAAUGCGUGUGCAAUACUCUCCAGAGUGUUCUUUGCUUA